UCCGUUCAACCCCCCCAUCUCCCCGCCCCGGGGCGGCCCUUUCGCCGCCGCCGCUCCUCGCCCGCCCCUCGUCGCAGCGCUUCAGUGACACGGGGUGGGUCCCACGAGCCAAGGCAGGGUCUGUCUGUCCCUCCGGGCAGCUCCUGCAGCACCGCCGCGGCUCUGCUGUCGCGUUUAAUUCUAUUUUCUAUAUUUUAUUCGCAGCUCCCACCCUGCUCGGCACAGCCCUUCUGGCCACCCCCAACACCGCCCGUUCAGUGACACGGGGCGGGGGGACCCCUCGGUGCAGCCUUUUAUUCUGUUUUACUCUAUUUCUUGUCUUUUCUUCUGUUCCCACGCUCGCUGCGGCUCUUUCAGACGUGGGCGGUGGGAACCCCUCGCAGCGAUUUUAACGCCCCCGCGGAGCCAAGAAAUGCCGGGAAACAGUUUCCAUGGUCUGGAGCCAACGCGCUGCUGCUUCUCCUGCCAGUCCCCGGCACGUUUUUACAAGCAGUGACUCAAAUCGUCAGCGCUCGGUGCCCCUGGGCUCCAAACUGCUGGGGCAGGAGCCGCUGGGCACAAUCCUGAGAUACCUUUCCCCACUCCCCUCAUCACGACUGUUGAGCUUUUCUUCACGGAAAUAAUUCCCCUUGGCAAUGAAAGGCUGUAUAACAAGGUCAUAAGUACUAUUAUGUCAAUAUUUGUGCUUGGUUGGGUGCAUUCCGGUCCAUCUUUUAUGGUAUUUAAAGUGCAGAGCCUCCAUCCCAGCCUUAUGAGCAACCACGUGGGACCCCUUCAGCCAACAGCCUCCCCCUGGGUUUCUCAGAUGUCACAAUGCUGGUCAUACAUCCCCAAGAGCUUCUCAUUUCUUCUGGCUCCAAACUGUGCAGCUUUCACGAGGUGACAGUUUGGAAUAAUUCUGUCCCCUGCCCGGGUGAGGAGGGGGGUGACAGAGCAGCAUCUGGCACCAACCAGGGCCAGCCCAUCACAGAUCCCUUGGUUGGGAACUCUUAAAUAUUUGUAAGUAAGCAAGGUGCAAAAAAUGGACUUUGUUCCUUCAAAAAUGAACCACACUGAGAGUUGUUGGAGAACAGCAAAACAGCCAAAGAGCUGUAAACUGAAAACCACGCCUCUGUGUUUGACUCCCGUCCUGUCUGUGGCUCAACAGACUCAGUUCCGAGAAAUCAGCCACCCAUUGACAGCUGCCCUGCGAGCCCCUUGUUGCUGACAGGGGUUGCUUCUCAGGAAGAGAAAUGAGAAAAUCGUGGUGAAAAGAGGUAAAUAAUGAUAUAAAAAGGACAUUAAUUUGUUUCAGUUGAGUGGAAUGAACAGUGAUUUUGGGGGGAGCUGGAGUGAACCAGCUGGAAACCACGGUGGGCUUGGGAGGGAUUGAACCUGGGCAGGAGCUCGGGCUGCACCGGGGGGGUCUCACAACGUGAACCUUCAGGGGUCCUUUUAGGGGAAUUUGUUGAAUUUGUACAGUCACACUGGGAGGCAGAAAUUAGUCAUCAUAAAGGAGCAAAAAUGAUGGUGGGAGUGGGUGAAUCAGUAACUGCACUGGGUCUCUUUUAGAUUCAAAUUGGUAGUUCAGUUUUGCAAAUGUUAAAACCUUCACCAGCCCACUGGUUUCUGGCUCAGAAUUGGGUUUGGGAGGGAUUAAACCUGAGCAGGAGCUCGGGCUGCACCAGAUGGGGUCUUACAAGGUGAACCUUUGGGGGUCUUUUUAAGGGAAUUUGUUGAAUUGUUCAGUUGUCACUGUGAGGCAGAAAUUAAAGUAGGACUGAAAUUGUGGCUUGAAAUGAGGGGAUGGAACUUGUGCACUGAAACUUCUGCCAUAUCAAGCAGGUCCAGGCACUUGAUAGUUUCGUUUAUAAAAUAAGAAGCCCUUCAUCUGUAACGAUCCCUCCCCCACUUUCGGGCUCAGCUCCAGCUCAGAGCUUGGGCAAGGUCUGCCCUUUAUCCUGUUGCACUUCAGAAACCCCCCGGAUGAGGAAGCACCCCCCUCUUCUGGCCCAUCCUGUGUUUGUUUCUCCUAUCAAUUUAACCCUCUCACGGCUCUGGAAACGCUGUUAUCUGAGCACUCCUUGAGCUUCCUCCUGCAAACCCCCUCUGAGGGAAUCGCUUUGUGCUUUUUUCAUGUUUGUUUGCCCACAAUCAAACCUUUGCAGCUUUCAGAGUUCACUUUGGCAAUGAAAUAUUGCUGUUUUAUCAGGACACGUUCCUGUUGAGCUUCUGUUGGUACGUUUGCUGCUGCUAACUUAACAUAAGACCCAAGAGGACCAAAAGCUGCUGUCUCUGUUGGUUUGGGGUGCAGGGAACCAGGUCGUGCUCCUGCAACAGUGGGCACGGGGGAGGGGGAACCAGAGCGGGGUUUCCUGUGAGCAAAACAAGCUCGUAGGGAGCCACAAACAGAAAACUUGAGCAGAACAGGUGCUGUGAACUGUCACAGGCUACUUUCCAUCCUGUGUGUUUUUGCAAAAGGGCCCCAAAGCACAAACUCUGCUCCGAGCUCUCGGUGCCUCUUCUGAGCCCUGAACAGGCUCCUGUGCCCUGCAAACACUUCAGCUGCCUUUGAGCUGCUUCCACCCCACAGAGCCCAGAGACACAUCAGCCCUGGCCCCUGAAGCUUCUCUGCAAGGAUGGGGAAAGGAAGCCAAAGGCCAAAUUCUUCAAGCCAAGAGGAACCACUGAACACCUGCAGUGAUCCAGAGAAAGAGUCCAAAUGUGGGUCCUACAGAACCAAGUCAGACCAGAGAACAUCCCCCAAGGUGCGUGUUCUCCUUGCUCAGAGUGUGUUCCUGGGGAUCCUCACCUUGAGCCUGGCUGGAGCAGUGACUGUUCUCGGUGUCAGACCCCGGUUCUCUGAGCAGGAAUUCUCCCACGUGUGCCCAGACACCUGGCCUGGUUUCCAAGGAAAAUGCUAUUAUUUUUCUGAGCCUGAGGGCAACUGGACCACGGGCCGGGAAAGGUGUGAGGCCCUGGGAGCUUCCCUGGCCACCAUAAGCACCAGGGAGGAACUGGCCUUCCUUCUGCGCUAUAAAGGCGAAGCAAACCACUGGAUCGGGCUGGGAAUGAGGGAUAACGGCUGGGAGUGGAUCAAUGGCACGGCCUUGAAUGGCAGGUUUGAGGUGAGGGGUGGGGGGCCCUGUGGGUACCUGAACCAGGGCAGGAUCAGCUCGUCCCUGUGCCACACGGAGAAGAACUGGAUCUGCAGCCGCCCUGACAACUUCGUCCUGUGGGAGGGGAAAUUAAGAGACCCCAAACUGGGACUUUCAACCUAAAUCUCUGACCAGAUGGGGGAACUUCACCCCAGCACUGCAACUGAAAUAUUCGGGGUGAAUCCAAAAAAUCAGGUACAAGGAACCGGUGCUAUCCCCCAUCCUUUGGAUCUUUUGAGCAGUAAAUGCCAGGACCAAGUGUGGUUUGCACCACAGAAAACUUGCUCAAAAGGUUCAUGCAAAUGCAAGUGAUAUUUAUACAAUUUGCUUUAAGUGCACAUUUAUAUGAGUACAACAUUUAUGUAGCCAUAUUAAUAAUAGGUGGAGAAUAGGCGGAGCUCUGGCCGGUGUUUCUCUUGGCCCUCCAUUUUGGUGGGGGGUAAAUCAGCCUCUUUUCACGCUUUUUUCAGCCUUAUUUCAAGCUUUUUCUGCGGUGGCCAUGGUUUGGGGGCGGUUUUGGGGUGAGAAAGGAGCCUUUUAGUGCCCGUUCUCACCCUCCUGGUACUUCCACUCCACUCCCGCUCUUCUCUCCCUUUAAAAACCCUCAGCACGUGCUGAUUGGCCGAUUAAACCGCACCCCCUCACUCCCAUUGGCCGCUCCUCCCCGCGCUCCGCCCCUUCCCUUUCCCCGCCCUCAGGUCGGACCUGGGUGGGAACUGCGCCCCCCCGCGGGCAUUCCAGGAAAGGCGGGGGGCGGACGUGGCUGAAGACUGCGAGAGUGGGGUCCGUUUUAAGUAGAAAAAGGCGGAUUUUGGGGCCGGGUUUGCAACGUUUCACGUUAAUAAAAAGCAAGUGUUUAUAAAACUGAA